AUGAGUUCCCAAACUCCAGCCAAAGCCACCCUUUUUCUUGCAAUGAACCUCCUCUGCUUUGUUUUAACCACAGCAUGUGGAGGAGGAACCUGCGGUAACCCUUCACCACCGGUAUGCGGAGGAGGAACCUGCGGCAACCCUUCACCACCGGCAACCGGUGGUGGACCUGGUGGUCAGUCGGCAACUUGUCCUAGGGAUGCCUUAAAACUAGGCGUCUGCGCCAAUCUAUUAGGAGGAUUGAUAGGAGUGGUUGUUGGAAACCCUCCCACCACCCCUUGCUGCUCACUGCUGGCGGGAUUGGCCGACCUUGAGGCUGCGAUUUGCCUUUGCACCGCCAUUAGAGCCAACGUGCUUGGAAUCAAUCUGAAUAUCCCAAUUUCUCUCAGUCUACUUCUCAAUGUGUGUGGAAGGACUCCUCCCACUGGCUUCACUUGUGCUUGA